AAUCGACACUCUCUCUCUCUCUCUCUCUACAUGAAGCUACAUAAAUAGAAAGUUUCAUUUUCAAGAUUUCAUAGAAAUCAUCUACAUGAAGCUAAUAUAAACAUGAUGGAAAAUUUAGAGUUAUAUUUUAUGCCUCUGUUUCUGUGUGCUGCUCUGUUCUGCUGUAUAUGUGCCUCUGUAUCUAUGUGCAUAGUGAAAAUAGUGAAAAGGAACCAUUAUCUGGAACUGUUCCUGCGAGACGGUUGUUUGAUAGAUCCCUGCAUAACAAUGCAAUACAAGAACAUCACAUAUUUAUAUAUGCUAUAUAUACAUUUUUAUAUAUGUUUUUUUUUUUCCCUUCAUUUUUUAUGUCUAGUCCAGGCAUGAACUUGAUAACUACAAUUAUUGGGUUUGGAAUGAUUGCCACUUUCAUUGUGUUUGUCUGCUCCAGACUGAUCUUUGGGAGGAUUAGAGGCGUUGGCUCAAGGCAAAUGUCUGAGAUUGAGUCUAGGAUUGAUCUUGAACAGGCUGCUAAUAUAGAAGCUGAAGGCUCUGGAAUUCCUGAUUGUGAAUACCAAUUGACAAAGCAUGAAGUUUCCUGUCUAGGGCAUGGAAAAUAUAGUGGUAUCUUGCAGCUGGUUUUCUGUAUUCUCUUUGGUCUUUCAUCUUCAUCAUUUGUGAACUUCUGCCUCCCUGCCUCUCCUUCCCCUUAUUUCUCGUGCACUACAUUCAAGGCCAACAUCAAUCUUUUGUGCCAACUUUUGGUCCAUGUGAAGUGCCCUUGGAGAGAAAUAAGCCGGUUUAAAUAUUUUAGAGAAGAUUCACAGAAGUGA